AUGCUUCUGGCCGGAGCUGUGAGAAUUGCUGACAAAAUUGAGUCUGGGAAAACUUCGGUGGUGGUUCAUUGCAGCGAUGGUUGGGACCGGACCGCUCAGUUGACUUCCUUGGCGAUGCUCAUGCUGGACAGCUACUACCGGACCAUCAAAGGCUUCGAGGUCCUCUUGGAGAAGGAGUGGAUGAGUUUCGGGCAUCGCUUUGCCCUGCGAGUCGGUCACGGAGAUCACGAUCACGCAGAUGCUGACAGAUCCCCCAUGUUCCUGCAGUUCAUUGAUUGUGUCUGGCAAAUGACGAAGCAGUUCCCAGCCGCCUUCGAAUUCAACGAGCUGUUUUUGAUCAACAUUUUGGAUCACCUGUACAGCUGUCUGUUCGGCACCUUUUUGUACAACUCAGAACAUCAGCGAGUGAAAGAGGAGAUAAACACCAAAACCGUCUCUCUGUGGUCCUACAUCAACAGCCAGGUGGAAGACUUCAGCAACCCUUUCUAUGUCAACUACAAGAACCACGUUCUCUACCCAGUAGCCAGCUUAAGUCACCUGGAAUUGUGGGUCAACUACUAUGUACGUUGGGACCCCCGCAUGAGACCCCAGAUGCCAAUUCACCAGAACCUGAAGGAACUCCUCGCCAUCCGAACCGAACUUCAAAAGAGGGUGGAAGAACUCCAGCGGGAAGCCGCCAAGCGCUCCAUUUCGUCUUCCUCCGAGCGGGGCUCCUCUCCCGCCAUCACCCCCGUCCACACUUCCGUCUGACCGACCAGCGAGGCCCCGCGAGGUUUACUACAGACACGUUAUCUGCUGCCAGAAACCCUCCCUCCCUCCCUCCGGUGUUAUUUGGGCUGGAGGGUAAAGUGGGGGGGGGAGGCCUCCCCCCCUUUCCCUCGGUGUCUGUUACAGUAAAGCCAAAAGUAUUUCCUUGCAGUAUCGCGCUGUGGAGUGGGUGGUUGCUCAUUUCUUUCCUAUCUGUCUUUGAAAAAAAAAAAACCGUGAGCGUUGAGUCGGUAGCCAAACUCUUUUUAACUCCUUGCUAAAACUUGCAGCAAAAGCAGGAAAUCUGUUGCUGGGGGAAGCAAUUGGGGAGGCCGUAUUCCACCAUCGCCUCCUGCCUCCUUGACAAAUCUUCUCCAGUUAGCUUCAUGUCCGAGAAGGGAAACCUCCUUCGCUUCCCUUGGUACUUCCUCCGGGGUGGGGUGGGGGUUCUUGGAGAAGGGGAAAGGAAGCCACAGCCAACACUGUAUUUUUGGGGACAGUUCCGAUGACUUUGAUGCACUUUGAAAUGGAUUUGGUUUUUUUUAAUUAUUAUUCCUAUAGGAGUUGUAUAUUUUGAAUAAAGACGUUUUAAAAAGCC